AAACUGGGGCCGUUUAGCAUGUAGCACGAACCGUUUGACGCGAUGCCGAGCCCGGCGCUCAGGUGUGCUUUCGCAAGAACUAUCAUCCGAGACAGUGUUUAAAAGCCAUUCGAGAAUUGCAGGUUCCAGAAUAAAGUGAAGUUCUACUAGGUGUGUGCUCCCUACUUUCAACUUGUGCCAAACCAUCAUUUCGCUCCAAUUUCACUUAUCAUGAAAGAAGUCGUUGUACAUCCUCUCCCAACAUUGACCACGGAGAUCCAUGAUAUCCCAAUCCCUACACCUGCACAAGACGAGUUGUUGAUCAAGGUUAAUGUAGCAGGGAGCAAUCCAAAAGAUUGGUCCCAUAUAACUAUGCUUAAACUUUCCAUGAACAGUGGAGACGACGUAGCGGGCACGGUUGAGGCUAUCGGUGCAGAUGUAACAACAUUCAAGAUCGGCGAUCGCGUAGCUGGCUUCCACAAAAUGUUGACUCCUGGAGGCGCAUACGCUGAAUAUGCGAUCGUGCCUGCACAUACUGCGUUUAGCAUUCCAGACAAUAUUAGCUUUGAAGAAGCGGCGACGAUCCCGCUUGUUACGCUGACAGCUGGUAUAUCACUUUUCCGCCGCCAGCAUCUCACUGUCCCAUGGUUAUCAAAGCGCGCAGAUAGCCCAGUUGCUCCGCUCAUUGUCUAUGGCGCAUCGUCGGCAUUGGGUAGCUUUGCAAUCAAGUUGGCCUUGCUUUCUAAUAUUCAUCCAAUCAUCGCCAUCGGUAGCCCUUCGAGCAGUCAUCUGCAUAGUCUGCUCGACGAGAAACUCGGCGAUCAAAUUGUAGACCACAGGCAAGGUGCGGCGGGAUGGAGACAAGAGAUCGUAACAGCUCUGGGUAAAAAUUCUUGCAGUGGCGGCAUACAUGCUUUGGAUGCGAUAAGUUCUGAUCAGACAUGGGUGCCUCUUGCACAACUCCUUGGCGAUUUGGCAGGACCUGAGCCAGCUGUGCGUCCGCUGCUGUCUGUCGUUUCAGGCCGGCAGACCUACGAGGAGAACGAGAUUCCUUCCAUCGUCGGCAUCACGUACACAUACGUGGGGACAGCGCAUGAAGGGGCGUACAGACCGAAUAUGCCUCGGCAACCACGAGAUGCGGUAGAGGUGCGAGGUGAUGUGGAAUUUGCCAGGGCGUUGAUGGAGUAUGUUGGGAGGAAAUUAGCUACAGGCGAGUUCAGUGGUCACCCAUACGAGAUUGUACCAGGCGGGUUAGCUGGAGUUGGAGUAGGGCUAAACAAGCUGAAGGCUGGGGAAGCGAGAGGGAAGAAGUUCGUGUACAGGAUCUAUGAAACGCAGGGGAUUAAAAGUAAUUAGUACUAAUCAUCAUGGUUAUUCACGUUAACAGUCACCUGGUCGAUUGAAGUUUCGCCUUCUUUAUGUAGUAGCCUCACUAACCAUGUUGAUAUAUUAUAGGUUUAUUAAAACGGUUUAUUUUGCGAUUUUCUAA